GACUGCGUUCGCAUCAAGAUCGCGCGUCGCGACAUCAUAAAAUCAAUCAUUUUUUGUUGUUUUGAAGAAAAAAAAAAUAAAUAAAAACAACCGACAACGACAGUGUAUGAAGAAAGAUAAAUUUUCGCAUUAGAAUGUGACAAAAACUGCGAAAAACUUUCUUUAAAACGAAAUUUAAAGAAUUCCAACCUUUAAAAAAAUGGAUGAGGGCAAGAUCUUGAAGCAGGAUUUGCACUUCAAGGCAGUAAAUACGAGGAAAAAUCACGAUGACGAGAAGAGGGAUUUGUUAAAACAUCCGAAAUUUACCGUUGUGCCUGCCAAACUUCCGACAUCCGCAUCGCAAUGUGAUACAAAAGACGAAAAAUCGGCAGUUUUGGAGAAAGGGCUUUCCGCAAGUGCAACAAGUCCUGCGUCAAUUGGGCUUCCAGCUGUCGUGACACCCGCAAGACCAAAAUAUUACCUGGCUGACAAUGAUUUAGUACAAGCAACUUCUAGUCCGACUGUGAUAACGCAACAAAAGCAAAAGUUAUUGCAACAACAGCCGAAUCCGCAUUCGACAAUCACGGGCGCUUCGCAUUCGCCGUCACUCUACAACCCUCUACUGCUUCGCACGGGCUCGUAUUUGUUUCACGACGACGGAAGUUUGAGUCCCAAAAUCAUCACAGAUGCCAAUUCCAUCAGAUCUCUCACGUCAAUCGGCAUGGGAUGCACCGACGGCAGGAAAAUGAUCGUCAAACGUGUGCCCAAUUCGCCAUCGGAGUUGCUCGGAUUCGUUCAGCCAUCCACCCCUCCAGAUGAUCCAUUUGACACAGAAAGCUACGAAUUCGACGAUGAAUCUGACACACUCAAGCCCCGACGUCAACAUUGGGAGAACAAAAUGCAUUUCGUGCUCGCCUGCAUCGGAUAUUCCGUCGGUCUCGGCAACGUUUGGCGUUUCCCGUAUCUUUGCUACAAAAGUGGAGGCGGUAUUUUUCUGAUACCGUACUUCAUCAUCCUCUUUAUCUGUGGUAUCCCGAUGCUAUUUAUGGAAUUAGCAGUUGGUCAAUAUACGGGACGAGGACCUAUUGGAGCGCUCGGACAAAUUUGCCCCUUGCUGAAAGGAACUGGCGUCGCAAGUGUCGUAAUUUCGUUUUUCAUGUCGACGUACUACAGCGUCAUCAUUGCCUAUGCAAUUUACUACUUUUUCACGUCAUUCAAGCCCGAAUUGCCAUGGACUGAGUGUUCUCCGCGAUGGGCGACGCCCGAUUGUUGGAAUCCAUCGAACGCUUUGCCGAAUUCGACGAGGCCUUUUAAGUCACGAGCUGCUACCGAGGAAUUUUUUGAGAAUAAAGUUCUGAAAAUCAGUAACGGCAUCGAAUAUGCAGGCGGAAUGCGAUGGGAACUCGUUGCGUGUCUUGUUUGCGCGUGGAUUCUCGUUUAUUUUGCCAUCUGGAAGUCUAUUAAGUCGAGUACGAAAGCGCGAUAUUUGACAGCAACGCUUCCUUUCGUGUUAAUUGUCGUCUUUUUGGGUCGAGCUCUGACGUUGGAAGGCGCUGACAUCGGUUUGAAGUACUUUUUCAAGCCAAAUUGGGCGUUAUUGCGUAACAGUAACGUUUGGAUCAACGCCGCAUCGCAAGUUUUCAACUCAAUUGGCAUCACAUUCGGUUCGAUGAUUUCCUUUGCGAGUUACAACAAGUACAACAACAACAUGUUGCAUGACACGCUCGCCGUUUCGUUCGUUAAUGCCGUCACUUGUUUACUUGUGGGGAUUUUUGCCUUUGCCACGCUCGGAAAUAUCGCGCUCGAGCAAACCAUGAGCGUGGAAAAUGUCGUUUCCGAUGGCCCCGGGCUCAUUUUUGUCGUUUAUACGCAAGCGCUUGCCAAGAUGCCGGCGCCGCAAAUGUGGGCCGUAAUGUUUUUCUUCAUGUUGCUGUGCUUGGGACUGAAUAGUCAGUUUGCGAUUGUUGAAGUUGUAACGACAUCCAUUCAAGACGGCUUCCCGAACUGGAUUCGACGAAAAUUAGUUUAUCACGAGCUGUUGGUUCUCAUUUUGUGUGGAAUUGCCUUUUUCUUUGGAUUACCAAACAUUAUUCAAGGCGGAAUUUUCUACUUCCAACUCGUCGAUCAUUAUGCAGCUUCAGUUACCAUCCUCUUCAUCGCUUUUUUCGAAGUUGUUGCUGUCGCAUGGUUUUACGGGACAGGACGUCUUGCCAAGUCAAUCAAACAAAUGACGGGCAGAAAUCCAAGUUUAUACUUUAGAUCUUGUUGGUUGGUCUUGAUUCCCAUUUCGUUAAUAGCACUUUUCAUCUUUAGUAUAGUUAAUUAUAAGAACAUCACGUACCACAAUGGUCUAUAUGAGUAUCCGCCGUGGGCUCAUGGCAUCGGAUGGAGCAUCGUAGCUGUCUCGUUGAUGUUUAUUCCGUGUUAUGCCAUCGUUAUGUUGGCAAAAACUGAAGGAGAUUCAUUUGUUGAGAAACUCAAAAAUAGUCUCAUUCCAAGCUUUUUUGAAUGUAAAAUCUGUGGCGAGCAUCAUUGUGAACACAUUGAAGAAGGCCUCUUCCCACAGGAAAUGAACCCAAUGAUUCCCGGAAGUCCCGAAUCGCCUCCUCCAGUAAUUAUUUUCCAAUCUCCAUCGAAAAUUAGCAUUAACAAUAAGCCACACAACAACAAUACUCCGACAGCUGGAAGGAAAGUGCAAACGACAGUGCCUCAAAGAAAUUGACAGUUUUAUUUAAGGAACGAAGAAAGUUGUUAGAAAAUUUCAUUAGAUAGACAAAUAAAUUGCAUUCCUUGUUGAGUUUAGAGAAAGAGCGAAAAAAAAGUAAAAUUUUUCUG